UUUCUAGUGAAUCCUAACUUAUAUCUAUUUCUAACUUAGUAUUCAUUUCUCUUUGUUCAUUUUUUCAUUUAUAGAUAUAGGUACUUAGAUGAGUAUCCUGGAGAAGAGUUCACAGAUGUUUAUUGGAUUAAAUUCCAAAAGAUUCAAUCAGCUCGGUUCGCCAAAAAGAAGCUUGAUAUGAGGUCUUUCUAUGGCGGAGUACUUCACGUUUGCUACGCUCCAGAAUUUGAAACAGUAGAUGAUACUAGAGAGAAGCUUAGAGAAAGAAGGCAACAGGUGGCAAGGAAGUGUAGAGAGUACUACCCUGAUCAGUACAGUUCUCGAACUGAAAAUAAAGAACACAAACAAGCAGUCAAUGCAGAAACAUCGACAAACUCUUUUCAAAGCCAGGAGGAACCCGGUGGUGCUUCAUCGCAAGUGUUGGCGAAAGAAUCCUCAAGCAUUGCACAGACAUUUGAUACGAAUCAAAAUUCAUCAAUAGAGAUGUCCCCUUACCCCCAGUUACCUCUACCGCCUAUGCACCUCCCACCUUUUCUGUAUCCUCCACCGCCCCCACCACCCCCUCCAGAAUUUCCUAGAUUACCAACGAAAGAUGCUAGUCUGCCAUAUGAUGUUAAGGUCAAUGCAAUGACGUCAGUAAAUGUUGAAAUGAGCAGCCAUUCAGCCUCCGUUAGUAGCAAACCGAAAGGCGAAUGCCAUGGGCAUUCAACAAGUACUUCCAAUUCAGAUCGAAACUCCUCGAAUUCAAGGUCAAAUAUUGAUGGACCUCAGAAGUCGAGAAGGAUUGUUUGGCACAAACCUCCCUCCGUUCCAAAACCAAUUCAAAGUGCUGACCGUCGGCCUUUACCUGAACCAGGAGCUUGGGACCCCCAUGCUCAUGAAAGAAAGCAGUUGAAAUCACUUACUGGCGACCAUCACCUUGAUGAAGUAGCCUUACAAAUACGGGAAAAACUGAGUAAGGCUAUUUCGUCUAAUCAUGUAAAAGAAGACAAUGCACCUGAGACGGAGCAAGCGCCAGAAUUGCAACCAGUCAAAAAGAAGACUAGAAAGAGAAUCUGACCAUUUUACUUUUUUCAGAAGAAAUAAAUAUUUUGGUUGGAAUUCAAAAGCAGGAUCAGCGCCAAUUAUGCUGCCCGAUCAAGAAAAUGAAAAAUGAGUCUUCAAAGCAAGUUGUAUUUUUAUAAGAGAAGGGCAAUUGGCUACAAAAUCAUUUUCCAAGAAACUUGAACGCUUGUUUACACAUGGUUCAUUUAUAGUGCGGCAUUACAGAGAUACCAGGACACUUGAAAUUCGCUGUUAUUUUCCUGCAAGCGAGUGCUGCUGAAGAGUGACAUUACUCUUUCCCUUAUUUUUAUUCAUGUCUUUUAUCCGACCUACCAUUUUAAGUUUGGGAACACUGCAUGCACUCGAAACCUUCCCUGGACACCACGAUUGACUUUUAACCUGAGUGUUGUUUUUGUUUAAAUAAAAACUUACUUUUGAAAACUUGAGUUCUUUAAAGAAAUUUAUUUUUCGGAAUGCUUA